AUGGUGCCAGUGGCUAUAGAGGGAUGCACUCAAGGAACCGAAGGUGGAGGAGCCCGAGGAGGCUCCAUAUCUCUAGCGCUACUCAUAGAUUUCAUUGUACAGAGAACCUAUGAUGAACUCACUGUUUUGGCCGAGCUGUUGCCUCGUAAAACGGAUAUGGAACGUAAAAUUGAAAUUUACAAAUUCAGUGCCAGAACAAGACAACUAUUCGUCCGUUUACUGGCUCUGGUAAAAUGGGCCAGCAGUGCUACAAAAGUGGACCGGUCUGCACACAUCAUGGCAUUUCUUGACAAACAGGCAAUGCUUUUUGUGGAUACAGCUGAUGUGUUAGCUAGAGUAGCUCGAGAAACACUAGUACAUGCAAGGUUACCGACGUUUCAUAUGGCUGCAGCAGUAGAAGUACUUACUCUGGGUACUUACAGCCGUCUACCAGCUGUGAUUAGGGAACGGUUAGUACCGCCGCCGGCAUUGACUGCUGGUGAGCGAAGGACCACAUUACGUGCGCUGGCGCAUGUCGUACGACAGCGCCUCACCACAGCAUCCUUGCCAAGCGAUAUUAGAAACUUAAAGGUUGAAAACGGUCGGGCUACAUUUACCGUGGGCCAAGAAUUUAGCGUGUCUCUCACUGUAAUGGGCGAUGCGCCCAAUCUGCCGUGGCGUUUGCUGGACAUCGCCAUUUUGAUACAAGACAGUGAAACUGGAGAGGGCAAGCCCCUAGUUCACAGUUCACAAUUAGCUUGGCUACGGGGUGUAGCACAAGCUCGUUUAGCGGCAGCCGGACUUAGCGGCGCUUUGACAGCGCUGCGUUACUUCUGCCGUUCUCUUUCUCUUGAGUUGUUGUACACUCAAACACUAAGGUUGUGUCGCGAUCGCUUAUCAAAGCAUCUACAAGUUGACAGAUACAUACCUGGACAGAAAUUACAAGUAUCGUACUGGAGAGAGUUGGGUUGCGAGUUGGGCUACCGCCUAAUAAUUGGUGCAGAAUGUGAACAAUUGUGUGUCUGGCACGUGCCAGCCCUGGCAGGCGGGGAGCGUGUGGCUAGCGCCCUGACGCCUCACGCGCCCUCUAUGGAACGACUUUUAGCACACACUGUACAUGUACGGUCGAGACAACGACUCAAUGAUCUGAAGGUGCUGCUUAAUGAUUUGGGUGUGGAGUGCAGCGUGGGCGGGUGGCCGUGCGUGCUGGCGUGCUCCGUGGUGAGCCCGUGCCUGCGCGCCGAGCAGCUGCUCGUGUGUGUCGGCGCGCACGGCGGCCGCCUUCGAGCGCGGGUGCCCGCUUACCCCGGCACGCCGCGCAUGCCGGAUUUGGCUCAAGCACUCACUGCCACCAACGUUUCCACUAUUAAGUCGCUGCUUACACAAUUAAGAUUCUGGCUGGUGGCACGGCGUUGUGAAAAAACUUUACAACACUUGCCUGCGAGCGUUUGUGAACAUCUCCCAUUCUUGCACGGUCCUGAUCAUCCCUUAAAUAAACUUGCGCCCGACAGGCUCUACGUCACGUUACAUAGACAUACUGACCAUAUACUCAUAGUGGAAAUGAAGGAGGUAGCGGCGGGCAGUACGGCAAUAACCACCACUUGCUCAAACAGUGGCAGUGCCUGUUCUGUAUCGCUUUCGUUUCACCUCGCCGGCGCUAAGCGGUGCACGCCGGAUGAGUGCGAGGACGAGGGUUCUUCUACAAGUACUUCUGUCCCAGCGACUGCCACCCGUGCCUACCUAAAACUACACUCUCUCGUUGAGUUAGACACGUUUACCCUCACACACGGGCCAUUUACACCGCUAGAUACUCCAGGUAUGCAACCGGGCAAGCGUAAGCUAUCAUUAGCGAAUCAGCGUGCGGUGCGAGUUCGUCAACCCGCUUACUUCAUACCGGAGCUAGCGCAUGUAGUCGCCGCUGCUGACGAACGAGUGCCUUUUGUUAAUCUCGCACAAGAGCUGGCGGCGCGCGGCGUGAGCCACGGCGGCGUGCAGCCGGAGUGGAGCGGGUCGGCGCUGGGCAUGCGCGUGGUGGCGCUGCCGCGGCCCGACGCCGCCUGCGCCCGCGCCGCCGCCGCACUGCGCGCGCGCCUGCUGGCCGCCACCAUCCGCCUCACCACCAAGAACCAGGCGCGGGUGUGGACCGCCGAGAUCGUGUUCCACGGCUCGCCCGUACGCACGCCCAACCCCAGAGAACAAGGCGAUCGCCGCUGCGUAUAUUUACAGUAUGAACUCGGGACGGACGCAGGCCGCACCGCCGAUGCGUUCCUUGCAGACUGGGGGGCUAUUGUACAUUUACACACAUUAUUACAUGAUUUUAUGCUGAGACCGGCACAGGAGCGCGAGACCCUAUGGCAAGGGGUAUGCAUAAGAUCCUACACAUACCGGUCCUUAGUGGUUGGUUUCGGUGCGGCACAACGUGCAACAGCCGUGUUGCAGUGGAACGCCGCCACGCAACGUUACACUGUUGCGACACCCGCGCAUCAACCAGCAGCUAACGCUCAUCAUCUGCUCCAUCAUCAUUUGGAUCAUUAUAUUAACUGUCAUAAGGACUUAAUUUCGUUGGGCGUGGUGUUACGAGAGACAUACGCGCCUCUGCUAGCACUGAGUCGUCUGCCUACGCUGCCACAACUGGGCUUGCAUCACGUCCGCACACUCAUGCCCACGCCUACGUUUACAUUGCUAGCUCAUUCUUGGAGAAAGAUCCGAGUGAUAUAUGCGGGAGCGUAUUCUUUGGAGGUGGGUAUACGCGGCGGCGGUGUUGUCACUAUACGCGACGGCUCCUACUCCAAGUUUGAUAGAAACACCGUCGUCGAUGAGUUUGCGCCAGCUCACGGACUUAAGGCGUUCCUGUCGCGUUACGUAGAAGAUAAUAUAAGCGCAAGACUUUUAGCAGAAGACGAUAACCCUCCCUCUCCUAUGUCACCAAUGCCGCCAAGUGGUCUGAGGUUCCCUGCACCACUGACUCCGCCUCAGCCACACACUCCGCAUUCAGCGCCGGUCACUCCGCAUCCCGCAUCGCCGGCGCAACAUCAAUUGGGCGGCAGUUCGUUCAACUUGACCUCUCCAACCGGCGGAGCGAGCGGGGCGGGUAGCGCGGGUCCAGGGGUAUCGGCGUCCCCCGCAUCGCCCCUCGCCCCCUCCCCUCACGCGGCGCCCGCGGCUUCGCCCCACCCGCCUCCUACGUCACCGUUCACCACGUGGCCCGCGUCGCCCUCCUUACCGCGCCCUUCGCCUGGACAUCACCCGUCACCGCGACAUCACAUCGAUCACAAAGGUCCUCAAGCGAGUUCAACGAGCGGGUCGAGGGUCUGCAGCGGCGCGAGCGGGCGCGGCUGGGCGGGCGCGACGGCGACGCCGCUGGCGGUGUGCAAGCUGGAGACGCUGUGCUCGCCGGCCGAGCCGCCGCCCGGCGCGCCGCCCGGGCCCGCGCUGGCCCCGCUGCAGCGCUUCCUGGCGUGCGUGUACAUGAAGCGUGCGCUGCAGCGCUUCGUGCAACAUGAGGAUUACGUGAGUUUUUUGACAUUCGUGUCAGCAGAUGCGAUGAGUCUCACAUUUCGCUGCGAGAACGCAGGGUUGGCGGCUCGAGUGGCUCUUCAUCCACAACAUAUGCAGUCAUUGCACUUACAACUGACGCCUUUACCUGAUCACAAUAAAGAACAGUGGUCUGUAGAUGACUUGCAGGUGGUGGAAAAGUUCUUCGAGCAGCGCGUGUGCGUCGCGCCGUACCGCUGCACGGCGCUGCAGGGCUGGACGCGCGCGUGGGGCGCGCCCGGCGCGGCGCUGGGCUCGCUGGUGGCGCUCAUGCGCGCCGAGCUGGCGCCGGCCGCGCCCGCGCUGUGGCAGCUGCACUGGGCGCUGCGCAUCCCGCCCGCCGCGCCGCCCAUCGUGCCCGCCGGCCAGCCCGCCGUGCUGCUCGCCAAGCACAAGAUACUCUUCUUCAUCUGUCUCACCCGUGGCGACACUCAGCUCGUUCUGCCGCUAGUGUACGACAUGCAGAUGAACGUGACGCAGCUGGCCGAUAAACAGAACGCACAACCGCAUCUCAUAGCCGUCAGUUUACACCUAAAACGUUUUAACGAGUUCAACCAGUCGCACACGGAGUGCACGCUGUGGCCGGCGGUGCGCGACCUGCUGACCAACUUCACGCUGCCGCAGGAGGCGCCCCCCGCCCCCGCGCCCCCGCCCCCUUAA